ACCGGCGGUCACCAUGUGCACCGGCGGUCACCAUGUGCACCGGCGGUCACCAUGUGCACCUGGCGGUCACCAUGUGCACCGGCGGUCACCAUGUGCACCGGCGGUCACCAUGUGCACCCGGCGGUCACCAUGUGCACCGGCGGUCACCAUGUGCACCGGCGGUCACCAUGUGCACCGGCGGUCACCAUGUGCACCGGCGGUCACCAUGUGCACCCGGCGGUCACCAUGUGCACCCGGCGGUCACCAUGUGCACCGGCGGUCACCAUGUGCACCGGCGGUCACCAUGUGCACCGGCGGUCACCAUGUGCACCGGCGGUCACCAUGUGCACCGGCGGUCACCAUGUGCACCGGCGGUCACCAUGUGCACCC